AUGUCCAACUUUGGGAAUUUAAUGAAGAAUGGCUGGCAUCCUGAGAAGGCGGGCACCACUUUCAAAGGCCAAGUGAACGGAUUGUUGGGCAGGAACAAGGACGACGCCGAUAAGGAGGGCCGUGUCGCCCGGCCGCUAUCAUCUCUACAAGACCCUUCGACCUUUGCACCGCCGCCGAAGCGUAUCCCUGGUGCGAACCCUCCUCCACUGCCGCCCUCGCGUUCAAACGCAGCAUCGCCUGGGGCACCACCGCCGCCCUACGAAGAUCCGAAUCGAUACCAGCAGCAGGAAGAAGAGGAAGAGGCGCCCCCCCGACCAUACCGUGUUGAUACUACGGGACUCUCAACGGCUCAUCUGCCGCCGCCGCCAGGGAGGAAGGAUGGUGCCGACGGCAGAACGCCGCCUCCUGGUCAAGCCGCCGCACGGCCGCCGCCGCCCAGUCUGCCUCCUCGGCUCCCGCCCAGGACCCCGUCCGCAACGUCAGUCACGUCACCUGCGCCGCCGGCACCGGCAGCAUCCAGCGGCGGUGGUUAUCUGAACCAGAAUGCGAUGAACAGGCUGGGGGCCGCAGGCGUCUCGGAAUAG